AUGAAGAAUACUUAUAGCAAGGACUAUUACAAGGCUAAAAUAAAUUUAGUUAUCCAAUGUAAAGUAUUCAUCAGUGAUUUAAACUCUGAGGGGUCAGAAGGCUCAUUUAUUGAUAUAUUCUCAUUUAUGGAAAAACAUUCGAAAUUAAAGGAUUUGAAAUUAAUUUUUGAUUUGUCAUUAAUUCACAGCGUUGAACUAGAUAAAGCGAUUAUUGAGAAAUUUUAUGAAGAACAUUCGGAUAAUAAAGAAAAGGUGAGAGGAUACAAGUAUGCCGUUGUAGAGGGUGCUGGUCCAAUUGGAUUAUACACUGCUUUUAAACUUUUUAUUGAAGGAAUUAAUGUUACACUUGUAAAUGAUCGUUCUGAAGAGUAUACACGUGAACAAUUUAUCCUUCUUGACCGCAAAUGGAUAUAUCAAUUAAAUUUAAUUUUGGGUACACAAUUUGACCAACUCUUUAACGAUGAAAAUUCUAUGGCAAAAUUGCUUCCUAACCAUGUCGGGAUAGUUAUUAUGAAAAAUUUUGAAACUGCUUUAAUGAACCGUUUGAAGUGCCUAGCUUUAUAUGUUGAUGAAAGAGAGGAAAAUGAAGAAGGAGAAAAGUCUUUCGUAAAAUUAUUAUAUGAAACAGAAGUUUUUGACAUAAAUUUGCAUUACGAAAAACCCUUAGCAAUUUUUGGAACGCCUAUCAGGCAAGACAAACCAUUUGGAAAAAAAUAUUACAAAAAACUUGUAAAUAACAUUAUGAAUGAAUACGGCACAGAUCCUGACGGAGCACGUAGAACAAUUAUUAAAAGCAAACAACAAUAUUUAGAAAAUAUAUUUGGUGAAAAUACAAUUCCAUAUAUUAGUAAUGAAGGCAAUAUAGAUUAUAUUAAUGCUAAAAAGCUAGCUAAACUUCAGAUUAACGGAAAAGCCUUUGACAUACAGAAUACUAUCAAUGGACUGCCAUUGAAUACGUAUUUUGGAAGUAAUUUUUUAGGGAUUCCUUUUGAUUUGCUUUUUUGUGCUGGUGGAGCAAAUGACCGAAUAAGAGAUGACUUUAUAGGUAAAUAA